AUGCGAGGCAAUUACAGAUAUCCUGUUUGCGGAAGAAACUAUUCAGAUAUAUACAUACCAUCUAUGGGAGCUGCGGACGGUGCUAAUUCAUUGAGAAAAGAUAUAGAGAACAACGGACCUUUUAGUGUAGGAUGGAGCGCGCUUACGGGUAAUCUCCAAGAGGUGCAAGCUGAUGGUCACUACGUGAAGUACUUUGCCGACGAUAUGUGGGAGGGUAACUUCACAUUCCUUGGAUGGAGCAGUACAAACUGGACUCUUGUGAUAACAGAUGCAGGGCAGAGUCUGACUGAUAAGCAGUUAUUAGUCCAAGAAGCAGAUGCUUUGGCGCUAAUAAACUUGACUGCUGCUGCUCGCUGGCGAAACGUCACUGGCUUGAACUAUUAUCUCUAA